AUGCAAGCCGAUCCCCGCGAGCUUGUGGUGGAUCCGGCCCUAGCUGGCCCCGACCACGACUCCGACGACGAGUAUGAAUACGAGUAUGACCAGUCCGAGACAGAGGCAGGUUUUUUUCUGACCUUCUAUCUGAAUCUCGAUCUCACCACCUGUAAUGGCGUGUUACGGCCCCCAAGACGCAGGCAGGAGCCUGCUACUGCCGCUGCCACUAUCGCGUCCUCUGCAUCCUCGCCCUUCUCGACCGCUCUUGAUGCAGGCUCGUCGUUCCUAGAUAGUCAGAAUGACCCUGCUACGGACGCAGGCGACGAUAUGUCGUCACAAAACCGGCUUCAGUUACUCGAUUUAGCGGGCACCAACCCUAUCGUAUCUUACCAGAACCAGGUCUUCAGCUGCUCCUGGACAGACAUGAUUGGUACAGAACUACUUUUCACAGCGCCGGAGCCCCAGACAGAGCCGUCAGAGCUCACAUUCGUCAAACAAGAGAAGGAGUUUGAUCUUCUCGCUGUAAAUUCUGUCAAACUCGUUGGUCAGAAAGCAACCCUUGUGACCAGCAGUGGUAUGAAGGCUGCACAGAGCGUGAGCGCAGACCACUCUGCGGUUACACAGGCACCUGAACUCCAGCAGCAACGACCAAGAACGAUUAUCCCGAAGACAGCCCGACAAACGGACCAGGCAAUCUUUCUAGAACGGCUCAUGAAUGCCAAGCAAGCAAAGAAUGAAAAGGACAUCGUCCGCACCGUCUUCGGCACAAGACGAGGUCCCAGUUUUGAUAGCAGGUUGCAAGGCUGGGCAAGAACAGAAGAGCGGAUGGCAGAGAUUCAAAACCUCAACCGUGCCAUGCUGCAGGGAGACAUGAAUGCGAUGAUGUCUCUGGAGCAGAUCUACAGCCAGAUUGACAACGGUAACAAUAACAACAACAAUCAUGACAAUAGUAAUAAUGAUGCCGUUGCAGAGGACAGCAAUAAUGCGAGACUUUAG